CAAUACUCAACAAUAUACUCAAAACAAGAAAAAAAAUGAGACGAAUUGCACUCUUAUAUUUCAUCACUAGCUGUCAGGCUGAAUUGCAACGUGUUACUUUAACAUUUAAAUACGUGAAUGGAACCUGGGUUCCUGUUGUUCCGGCCCCGUCUCCUCCAACCUACGCACUCUCCACAAAGGUUAUCGCAGCACUUUUCUUAUUUCUUCUCUUUCUAAUUUCAUUUUUUGGAAAUAUUAUUCUGAUUUCGACAAUCUCUUCUUCACUCACCCUGAGGCGCCUCUCUUACAAUCUUCUUCUUCUACAGCUGGGGAUAGUCAAGCUGUUUGAAUGUAUGCUUAAUAUCACAUUAAGCAUAGCCUAUCAAAGCACUCAGCCCUGGAUAUUUGGCAGUUUUUUCUGCUCUUUGAAUUCAAUGCUUAUGGAGAUUGUUCCUAUUGUGGAAACAGUUACAUUGUCUCUGCUAACCAUAGACAGGACUCGUGCAUUAAAGCGCACUAAUUUAUACAAGAAGAGCGUGCAUGCGAGCCCCAUGAAAUGGAAGCUACUUCUUGGGCUCAUAUGGUUCAUAAGUCUCUUCCUAUCCCUCCCUCUCCUCCCAGCACUAAUAGACUCCUGGCCAUUUCCCUUCAGAUAUUCUUGCCACCCUGUACAUGAGCUGGCAGCAUAUUACGGUAUGGUGAGCGGCAGUAUGUUUAUUAUUCCCUGGGUCUCAUUCUUUGUAUGUUCAAUCAUGAUCUACAGUACAAUUCAGGAUGAAAAGAGGAGAGAAAAUAAAGAACAAAGAGGACAGAAUAAGGAACCAUAA